AUGAUGGUGGUGGUGGUGGAACGGACGCCGCUGCAUCGGACCCCAUGCCCGCCACUGCCGCUGCUGGUGCUGUGGUUGAAGGAGUCGAUGGAGUGGAUACUGUGGGAAUGGCGGCCUACGAGGUUGGAGCAACAGGGCGUGGUGAACACUGUCACCUCCGAUGGGGGAAGGCGCGGAGCUCCCUCCAGCGGUGUGUCCGAGAGUGACGAUGGUUGGUCGGAGCUAGGGAACACGACUGGAUCGGAAAACAUGCUCAAGUUUCUGGAAACCCCGUUCCAGAAAAGCGUCCGGCUGCUAAACAUUGCCUGCGAGAACGUCAGCGACCCGAUCGUACGGAGGGUGCUCAAGACGGUGGCCCAGCUGCUGUCGGAUCCGGACUCUCUGCACAAGGUCAAAGAGGGCUCCAUCAGGCGGAUGACAAUGGACUUGGGAACCCGCAACUAUCUUGAGAACGUCCUGCAGACGCCGGUGAAGUCUACCUCCGCCGAGGACAACUGGAAGAAGCUGAGGACGGGGAUGUUUGUCGUGAGAGCAAUGGCGAGAGAGGCAGCCGCGGCAGAGGACUUCCUCUCGGCCUACGAAACCAGGCAACGAGCGAAAUCGGGCGAGAGUUCCGUGGACAACGACAACAAGAAGUCCGAGCUGGAUGACUUGUUGGAGGAUAUUGAGAACGGCGUCGAUACUACUACGCAAGACCUUGUGAACACCACCAUCGCCAGAAAGUCCAGUAGCGCGGCAGCGUACGCCCAGGACGGCGAAUCGAAUCGCUUCAGCAACUUCAAUCGGAACCUCAUCCUAGGGCAACAGCUGGUGGCAAAGACCUUGUCGCGCGGGGAUCUUCGCAAGGAUCCGGAUCGGUUGAGUGUCAGGGCAGCUGUGGGUGUCGAGACAGAGGGCGGACGACGUACCCGCAGUGCUCUCAACAAAGGAUGCACGUGCGCUACCAUUCGACGCAUGAAUUCUCACCCUCAGGAGUUGCGCGACUUGGUGUCCGAGCACAAGACGCCCGACAAAAUAAUGGAACUCACAACGGUGGAGGAGAGAGCCGCCCACGAGGUGUCCGAGCACAAACCACCCGAGAAAACUCUGGAACUCACAACACCAGGGGAGAGAGCCGCCGGGGCGGGACAAGAGGAUAAGGAGGAGCACGAUGUCAGCCCCGUCCAAGACGACGUCUGCGAGAUGAUGCUUAUCCCCAGGCUACCAAUCUUGGACGAGAGCGUCGUCGGAAAUGUGGCCUCGCUGCUAGCUGACGGUCAGUUCCUGAAGUGGGAGUUCAAUGUCUUCGCACUGGAGGAGCGAAGCCAAGGACACUCACUCUGGUUUGCGGCGAUGUCAGCAUUCUCGCACUACAACCUGAUCGGAGCGUUCGGUCUCAGCGUGGACCGGUUGAGCCAGCUAUUUCUGUGCGUUGAGGCAACCUACUGCUUCAGUCCGGAGAAACCCAACUCGUACCACACGCACGUUCACGCUGCGGACGUCACGCUAACCGUUUCCCACUUCUUGUCGGUGGAUUCAAUCGCUAACACUGUUCGAAGCACCCAUGGGCUGGCUCUCCUCAUGGCGGCGAUCAUGCACGACUACCGACACCCGGGGGUCAACAAUGGAUACCUCGUGCGCGACCUUGACCCUCUGGCGGUGGUGUACAACGACGCCUCCGUGCUGGAAAACUUCCACGCGGCAGAGGGGUUCAAGAUGGUGCUCGACCCAACCUUUGAUAUCCUGAAGGGGUGGAAGCCGGAGGACAUCCAGUUCUUCCGACAUGCGUUCGUCAAGUGUAUCCUCGCCACAGACUUGGCUCUGUCACUGGAGUACGUGUCGAAGUUCCAGAGCUUGACCUCAACGAUCAACGUGGAGCUCGGUAGUGGUAGUGGUACAGCGAAACCGAGUGGAAAACCAAGCGGUGGCGAGAACAACAGCAUCCAGGUCCAAAUCCUGGUGCUGCAGAUGGUCCUGAAGGUUGCCGACGUGGCCCACCCUUGCAAGCCGUGGGAGGUCCACCACAAGUGGUCUGAGCUCGUCACCGAAGAGUUCUUCAAGCAGGGCGAUAAGGAGGCUGCCAGGGGCUUGGCGGUGUCCCCGCUGUGCGAUCGACGGGAUCAAAACCUGCCGAAGAGCCAGUGCGACUUCAUCGACUUUAUCGUGCGACCUUGCGUCACCAUCUUCUCAAUGUACUGCAAGGUGACGACUUGGAAUGAUCAGCUUGACAGCAACUUCCGCGCGUGGAGGGCUCUCUUCGAACAACAGGGAGGCAACGCCCGCAGGCCGACUAGCCCGGCCGACAAGCGCCGCAGCUUGCGAUAA